AGCCGUGCUUAAUGCUAAAUGCUUACGUCAGCAUGCUAACAAUCUGAUUUUAAGCUGGUAUAAUAUUCAUCAUAAGCCUCUUUCACACAUGCACUGCAACCCUUAACUUAUCUAGACAUUACCCGGAGGAGCUACAUGUGAGAACACAAAUGUCCAAAUUAGUUGGAUCGAGCGUCAAACGGUCUUUACCCUGCUAGCUGCUUGAAUAGAGCAGGUAGGCUAAUUGUCCGGAGAACUCACAGCAAGCGAGUGGUGAGUGGCAUGUUGAUGACGUUUCUAUCAAGCAGCUGGUGGAAAAUGGAAGAAUACAAACAUCCGAGGGUGAAGAAGUAAGGUCAUUUACACAAAGAUGGCAACAAAAAGGUCUGACUGAAGAGACGAGGAGAUUCUGGAACUUCUGUUGCGGGUCCAGAAGGAUAUUCAGCCGUAUAUGAGACGAAUGGUUGCAGGUUGGAUGCACGAGGUGUGUGAAGAGGAGAAGAGUAAUGAAGACGUCUUCCCUUUAGCAAUCAAUUAUUUAGACAGGUUUUUAGCAGUGAUGCCCACAAGAAAGAGUUAUUUGCAGCUUCUGGGAGCUGUGUGCAUAUUCCUGGCCUCCAAGUUAAAAGACUGCAGGCAGCUAUCAGCAGAAACACUUUGCAUGUACACAGACAACUCCAUCACAACACAGGAACUGCUGGACUGGGAGCUGGUCGUCCUGGGGAAGUUGAAGUGGAACAUGGCCUCGGUCAUCCCCAAUGAUUUUAUAGAGCACAUCAUACACAGGCUGCCCCUUCCCAAAGACAAGCUGCCGAUGGUCCGCAAACACACGCAGACAUUCAUUGCCCUCUGUGCCACAGAUGAUCGCCUUGCCAUGAACCCUCCUUCCAUGAUCGCCACUGGCAGCCUGGGAGCUGCUGUCUGUGGCCUGCAGCUGGACCACAGUGACCAGAGGCUGAGUCGAGACAACCUGACAGACCUGCUGGCCAAGAUCACCAGCACCGAGGUGGAUUGGUUGAGGGCGUGCCAAGAGCAAAUAGAGCGUGUGCUGACCACCAGCCUGCAGCAAGGCCAGCAGGACGGUCAGGAGACCGGCAUCAGAGCAGGCAACAAGGCGAGGAAGCAGCAAGACCAGUCCAGCACCCCCACAGAUGUACGUGAUGUCAACUUGUGAACUCCCAUCACCACCCGACUCGCACACACCACUCAUGCCUGUUUACCACUGAACUAACGGGAGCGAGGGAGGCAUGAGCUGCCAGUAUCAAUGUCGAGGCGCCACAUGAGCAAUGGUGUGACAAUCCAUGAACUUCUAGAAAAAUAAGAAAUUUUUAGUUUUUCUCCUUUAUUUGCCCCAUUCAUACCCAUUUGGGUGUACUUUCCCUUUUUGUACGGGCCACAUGUAAUCAAACAAGCUAUUUAAAAAAAAAUAUUCUUGAAAACUUGAUAGUGCCUUUGGUUUCCCAGAAUGGAAACCUAAAUAUAUUUUCAUACUUGAAAAAAAAACCAUAAUUCUAUGAAAUAUACAUAUUUAGCUUGCCCUGGAAAUCCAGAAUUCUCGCAGACAGCGAGUCACUCUGGCAUUUAGUAAUGAUGCUCAUUAACUAUGCCCUUGUUGCUGAGCUGCACAUCGCUGUAUCUGAUAUGGGCAGGCCAGAGGCGAGUUAGACAAAUAGCAUAUGGGGCUCUGGUUACGUCACCCCAUGUAUUGUUGUGAUUGGUCUUAAGGUUAUCCAAUUGCGUACAGGGAGAUUUUCAAAUGCCUGCUUGGUGCCGCCCCU